AUCCAAACGCUCCUGGAAGGCACCACAAAAAAGGGGGAACAAACUACUAAUUUUCGUGCAAAAUCUUUGUAGGAAGGAGGACGGGGAGCUGUAUGAGGAGGGAGAUCAUUUUGGCAGUACGAGGCGCAGCAGCUUAGCGGAGGACUGGGCUUCGGAGUGAGUGGGACGUGUAGCCACUCAGCGCUGCCGCUACACUAGUGUGCAGAAACCGGAGGAGCCCCUCUGACUUUCUCCCGCUUCAUUUCCGGCUAAUGCCCUAAUAUCCAACCCGAACUGGUGUCCAGACCGCGUGGGGGUAACCGACGAGUUCCCUGAGAGCUACGUUUGGAUGAAAGCUGGGAUGACAUGUAAAUAAACAACACUGAAGUGAAGACAACUGACCACCAAGGGCAGCGACGAGGCAGACCACAGAACGCAGGAGGCCUGGGGAAAUCAUUAACCGCACACAUACAAUAUGACUGAUUGGAUCUCACUCCACCCUCCGAAUCCCUAAGACUGACAUCCACCUCCAUCCCCCAGGGCCUGCCGAUUGACCUCCAACAUCUUCCACAUCUUUUGGUUUCACACCGAGCCAAACCGUACUAACCUCCCUUCGACUCCCUCUGGAGAACCCCCUACCCAUCCUCCUGAAGAAAACAAAGCAGGGACGGGACCCUGUCAUGUUUCACUGACGGACCCCUCCCAACCAGCGAAUGACAAGUGUGCAUUCGAGGGCGGGGCUUGCCUCAGUCUCUCAUGAUUGGCUGCUGGAUGGAAUUAAGGUGAAUGGAACACGUGCCCAAGGAGCAGGACCCUAACCCAUCAGAGGGAGAAGAGAAACAGUGGCUCAAUGGCCCGAAAAGGAAGAGAAAGAACAGCCAAUGUUCGUUGAAGAGUAUGACUGCACGUUGUCUGAGUGACAGCUCCAAAUCCCCCGAGCUGAAAGAAGCGAGUAAAGACGGGUAUAUCCCCAGUUACCUCGAAAAGGAUGAGCCAUGUGUGGUGUGUGGCGACAAGGCCACAGGCUACCACUACCGCUGCAUUACCUGCGAGGGCUGCAAGGGUUUCUUCCGUAGGACCAUUCAAAAGAACCUCCACCCGAGCUACUCCUGUAAGUACGAUGGCUGUUGCAUCAUCGACAAGAUUACCCGCAACCAGUGUCAGCUCUGCCGCUUCAAGAAGUGCAUCGCAGUGGGCAUGGCCAUGGACUUGGUGCUGGACGACUCAAAGCGGGUGGCUAAACGGCGUCUCAUUGAAGAGAACAGGGAGCGACGCAAGAAGGAGGAAAUGGUGAAAACCCUCAGAAACCGUCCAGAGCCCACCGACAGCGAGUGGGAGGUGAUCCACCUGGUGACGGAGGCCCACCGACACACCAAUGCUCAGGGCGCACAGUGGAAACAAAAGCGCAAAUUCCUGCCCGAAAAAAUCGGCCAGUCCCCGGUUGCACCUACGUCAGACGGUGACAAGGUGGACCUGGAGGCCUUCAGCGAGUUCACCAAGAUCAUCACUCCUGCCAUCACCCGUGUCGUCGACUUUGCCAAAAAACUGCCCAUGUUCUCUGAGCUACCUUGUGAAGACCAGAUCAUCCUGUUGAAGGGCUGCUGCAUGGAGAUCAUGUCGCUGCGAGCUGCCAUGCGCUACGACCCAGAAAGUGAGACGCUGACGCUGAGCGGGGAGAUGGCUGUGAAGCGCGAGCAGCUGAAGAACGGCGGGCUGGGCGUGGUGUCGGACGCCAUCUUCGAUCUGGGCAAGAGCCUGGCACAGUUCAACCUUGACGACACGGAGGUGGCGCUGUUGCAGGCCGUGCUGCUCAUGAGCUCAGAUCGUUCUGGCCUGACCUGCAUGGACAAGAUCGAAAAGUGCCAGGAGACCUACCUGCUGGCGUUUGAGCACUACAUCAACUACCGCAAGCACAACAUUCCUCACUUCUGGCCGAAGCUCCUGAUGAAGGUGACCGACCUGCGGAUGAUCGGGGCGUGCCAUGCCAGCCGCUUCCUUCACAUGAAGGUGGAGUGUCCCAACGAACUCUUCCCCCCGCUCUUCCUGGAGGUCUUCGAGGACCAGGAGGUGUGAAACACAGUUGCCACCACCCAAAGGGAAGAGGAAGUUGGGGCAACCUGGGAGAUGGGAAGGGCCAUCGUUUUUAUAGGGGAAGGAUGGAGGAAGAGUCCUCUCGGCAGGAAUUCUGCAUUUCUCCGACAUCGCAUUUACAGUAUGUGGUUUAAAAACUGGAACCGACUAACACAAGCAACACACCAGCAACAGGAGAGUCAAGCAAACAGAGGAUUUUGUUUUUUUAACACCCUCUCCUCCACCUCUUUCUCCUCCUUUUACUCACCCCUGUUUUAAAAUCCGUGUGGGGGCCCUUCUGUCUGAGCAUGAUGUCUUAUCUAUUAAGAGUUGUAGCCAUUUGCCAAGACACAUACACCGAUACAUACACACGCACACACACAUCCACAGCCUGUACCACCUCAGUUCUUCAGAGCAGCGCUCUUGGCAGGGGUCCGUUACCCCUCUCUGGUUCUUUCAUUUUAGCGGUCACAGUUUUACACACCUUUUUAAAGCCCAUGUUUCCAGCUGCCAUGCUGGCCAGCACCUCUCAGUAUUAUUUCUGAAUAAGUGUUAAGGCAGUAAUUCAGAAGAUAUGGACGUCGGUGACAUAUUAUUGCUCACAGUCAUGCAGGCACAUGCAAUCAGCAAAAACUGCACAUUGAAAUUUCAGUGUAUGCUUUGAGCAUUACUUUAGUGUAUGUUGGCUGCAGUAUAGCAGAUAUACCAGACUUAGUCUUUUUAUCAAUUCCUCAACUCAAUCUGAGCCGUUACAGCUGUUUUUGGAGUUUCUUCUUAGAUACCGGUGCUAUAUUUAUAAAAGGCUACUCCAGUUUUAUUAAAUUGUGUUGUCUACCUUUUAAAAGAAAUGUGCAGAACAUGGCUCCAUAUCUACCUUUAUUUUUGUCAUUGGACCGGCUCCUGUGACAUACACACACAUACACACAUAUGAGCAGACUUGCCUUGUCAUUGUCGGUGCUGCUUGUGGCAGCGGCCUACUGUCUUAUUAAUGACAAUGAAUCCCUUCUCUCUCCAAGGAGUUACUGCAUUGAAAGAAAGAAAGAAGGGGAGAGGAGGGAGGAGCCGAGAUAGAGCGAAGAAACCAGAUUUAAUUGCUGGACUGUAGAGUAAGAGCCAGGGUCAGUAGUAAAUCCCCCACGCACAGCCUCCAAGGAGGUUUUGGAUAGCAGCAACCACCAGCGAGACAGCAAAGCUCAUCUUACACACACGCACACACACUUCCUUCUCUCUCUGUAUUUCUCUCUCACACAAACACACAUAAACAUAAAAACACACAUCACCUCAGAGUAACGUGAAUGCCUCAUUUUACUGUAUGCACUGCACGGCAGUGUCAAUAUACAGCCCUAACCUGCAGGGUUUGUUCAGAGUCCUCUCCUCACGGACUCAGCUCAGUGUGGCCCCUCCAGGCUUCCAUACACAUUUGCCUUUUUUUACCAUGGGCGUCACUGAGAGCAGGCAAAUGCCAAGAAGGCUACCAUUUACCUCAAAGUGGAUACACCCCCAGGCUGGGGCGGCAGUACUGCCCCUGUGGUGUCAGGCACUACCUCACCUCUGUGGACACGGGGCGGCUGCCCACAGCCUACACACAGACAUACACCAUUCAAGUUGGCGCAUGUGUAGGCUAACACAGAAAUGUGCAUAAUAUUUACGUCGGUGUACACUUGUAGUCAUGAAAAGACAAAACACUCACAUCAUACACACACACACCCUCAGUGCUAUCACUUGGUUGAAAUGAAAUACCAUUGAAGACAGGAGGGCCAGCCAUCCCCCCCGGAAGGUUUUACCGACUCCAGGGAAUGGUACCCAUUACAAUCGGGUUAUCUCUUUUUGUUAUACGGGACCAAGUGUCGUCUUUUGAAAUUUGGAUCUACCUGUUUCUGUCAAAACAGAAACCGACUCACAGAAGCGACGAAGGACAGUGUAGAUUUGCAGCCCAGCUGACAUCCAUUUGCGAUAGUAGCAAGACGAUAGAAGAUGGAGUGUACCUGAAAACCUGUGGUGGCCACGCCCGUUGAAUUAGCAUCGUGAGAAAGGGCUGUUUCCUUCUGCAUCGUGGCGAUUUUCCACAGUACACUUAUGAUGGCUGCCAUUGGAUCUUGAUAAAUGUUUUCACGGAAAUAAGCUUUCUUUCAUGCAUGGACAGUGCAUUAGACGUAAAAAAGUAGAAUGUUCUCAACCGAAAUGAAGCUUCUUAAGCUUAAAAGCUAUUUUAGUCUCAUGCACUUUACCAAUGCUCACCACUAUAAAGGUAAUAUCUCACGGCAAAUAUCCAUGGCAGACAUCAUAGUGUACUAGCCAAAGGACCAUUCAAGAAUGUUGAGUUGAUUCUAAAAGCCCACUCUGUUCAUUCCAAUUCUGUGGCCAAGCCAAAUCUAACUGGGUUUACCACUCUGACAAGAAGAGAAUGAAGAAAAGAGAGACUAAGAAAAUCUAUUUUACAUUCAAUGUCAAGCAGUAGUUCAUACUUGGCACUUGUACAGGAUGGGUAAUCUGCACCCCUCAGAAGUACCUAAGCAGAGUAACAUGUGGCAGGGAUCAUGGAUAAUCGUCACAAAUGGCCACGCCUCACUGCUUCGACGUCCAGAGCAAUGCUGGGAGGCGAGAGGAACUGGAAUGCCAUCUAUGGCAAAAUGGUGGAGCCUGGUCUGACUCUCAGAAGAAUCCCCUUCACAAGCAUCAUCCCCCCCUUUCAGAGAUCCAUCCCCUGCCCUGCCUUACCCAAAUGUAGCCCAUGACAAUGCCCUUUUGGAGGCUAGCUCUGACUAAAUUGCACCCCUAUCACCAUUAUAACAGCCCCCACCCAGCGAGGCUGGUGGGAGUUUUUGCACUACUGCAGCGGUCCUCCCUUUGGCCCCUUACUCAUCCAAGUUUAACCAACACCUCUUGUUGGAAUACCAAUUAGUUUCCCUCAUCAAAACUCCCCUCAUUUGGGGCAGGUUUUGGUGGUGGAUACUACUUUGGGGGGUGAGUUUUGGUUGCUCUGUGUAACAGAGGUUGGCAGUUGCAGUGGGCUCAGUCCCAAACCUGACCCGUUGACAGUAUUAGACCAACAGCACAUGACCCUCAACCCUCAAUCAACCCAACCAUGGGUGGAGAGAGAUCCUUGCGUAGGAGGGCUGUGCACAGAAGCACUUAUUAAUUCUCCCUAUAGUACCAUUCUCCCCAUCAUCCUUCUUAUAGAGUCAGCCCAGUGACAUUUCAAAGUCAAAGCCCUCCCUUCAAUCAUCUUCUCCCCCCCUCUCCUCUUCCCUAAGCACCCUAGCAACCGUACCCACUCCCAGCUAGGUGGGAUGCCCCCAGUUUGGCCCAGAAUCAUUGACACCAAACAGGAUCCAGGCCUCUCCCUUGUGAGACUAGGCUGGCCAUAUCUGCCCUUUAGAGUGGCGCCACCGAAUGAAUGUGAUCAGAAAAGCAGCAGCGAUGGGAACGAGAGACUUGAACGCAAGAUUGUGAGGAUGUGAAAGAUGAAGAAAGUGUGGGACAAACAAAAAGCUGAGGGGCCUCAACCCUCACUGCCAUCAUUGACAUGGGCGAGAGAGGGUGAUGUGGCCGGUUGUAGAGACGAUGUUAACGAACAUUCGGAAGAAGGGGAGCUGGCGGUGUUGGAAUAUGUACCGUCUCCCCUUCAGUUCCCACAACAACCGCAUAUGAGUCCCUGCUCCCAUGCCAGCUGACAACCCCAAAUGUCUCCCUCAGCUCCCUCCAAAAGGAUAACCUCCAACUGUCACAUGGUGAGGAUCAGAAAGAGAUCCCUCAUUCCAGAGAUGCAGGUUUGGAAUUCCGACACAUCUUUGUAAAAGAACUGAAAAAGAGAAGAAAAAAAAAUCUAUUGAUGUCCUUUGUUCUCGUGAGCUGACUGGGUAUGUGUGUGUGACAGUAGGGGUUAUAAUGCUGCUUUACCUUCUGAGUCUGAUUUAGAUUAAGAAAAAAAAGAUAUAUGAAAUGAUUAUAAAUCCACAAAACAAAAUGAAAAGAGAUGACUUUUUAAAAAAAAGACUCCUGAACAAAAUUAUUGGAGAUUUUUCAUUUUAUCAUUGUUUUCUUAUUUUUCUGUUUGUUUUUUGACGCUUAAACUGCUCUGUGUAAAAAAGGAAAAAAACAGCUGUAGUCACUUUUUGACCAUGCGUGCAGUGUAACAUAGAAAAUAUUUCACUUCUUUUUCACAUCUAUACUUUUGCCAACUGAUCUGUUUGUCUGUGUGUCUGUCCAGUUGUCCGUCCCCUUUUAUCAGGAGGAAUUUACAACCAACAAAACAGGAAUUUCUUUUUUAUAUUUUGUUUCUUUUUUAUUAAAUACAACUUUGGAAAAAAAAAACACAAACAGGAAAUAUAAUGCAACAGAAAUUGAAAAUACAAAAAAAAAAAAAAAAAAAAAAAAACUGAAACAAUCUUGUCAUACCUCACACAACACAAAACUCAAAGGAACUUGGGAGGAGUCAUAUUUUGCAGGCACAUGUGAAAGUUCAGAGAUGCAUAUAUAGAUUUAAAAAAAAUGUAUAUGUUAAGAUAUUAUGUGCUUGUGUGUAUGCAUCAGUAGAAGUUACAAAAGGACUCUUCCCUCAAGCUUUUGUGCUCUAUCUUAUUUGGUUGUGAGACUAAUGUGAGCACUUCUCCAACUUAAAAGGCACAGUCUUUAGACAGUAAACUUAAAAUGUGAAUAGCCCAGAGACUGAGGGAUUAUGACUUUUGUAAUGGCUGAGAGUUUUAUGGUAUUGAAUGUAGCUGACAGGAGGAGGGGGCUGGACCUGAGCCCGGCACCCACAACCCAACUUCCACACACCAGCAGAAAAGAUAGUGGUGUCACAUAGACGUUACAAACCAACAACAAACUGAGAAUAUAUAUUGCCCACCUGCAAGGUGCAAUACUAUGUUGUGUAUUUUUGUAUGUUUUCUGUUUUUUUUAUUUUAUUUUCCUUUUAUUUACACUUUAUUUUUGGCCAUAACCAAGGAUGUAAAUACAAAAACAUACAACACUCGAGAUUUAUUGCAACAAAGUAAAUUUAACCUCUCCAUCCCGCUCCCAUGUAAAAGUGGAAAAAAAGCAAAGUAAUGUGUAAUGCUUCAUACAUUUGUAUGUAUGCUCUCUCUCACAUGUGCAUGCUGAUCCAUAUUCAGAAGUGCCCCGUGACAUUAAUCAUGAACCCUGUGCCUCCUGUUGUUUGCAAAGAGAUAGAUUCGUACCCCUCAUAUUCUCACAACAACAUAGCACGCUACACAUGAAUGCCUAUAGUUGUGUGUGUGUUCACCUAUGGAAUCAGUUCUUCCAAACAAUUGAUGUGAGUGUUGCCAGCAGCCACAGUGGCUACAGGUGGUUAGAAGGGCAGUGAGGUGGUUUUGAUGAGUAAGGUGGGAGAGGGAGAUAAAUGGAAUGUAAACAGGUUAUUAGUUGAAGUGAAUGUCGGCUAACGUGGCUGCAACACACCCACAUCAAAGUUGGAAGAGGCCAAAAUGGAUUUCCCCAUUUGUCCGCCACCCUCUUGCCUCCCAGAAGCCAGCCUAAAAAUCUUGGAAGCCAUAAACCUGGACCAAAGAGGCUCUAUUUACCCUUGUCAUUUCAAGUGUCUUGUAUCCAGAUGAAAUCCAGAUUUAAGAAGUUCCAUUAAAUCUAAGUCUCUGAGUUGGGAACAUCAUGUCUUUGUUUUCAUGGGCUACAUGCAAAUCAGAGUCAGCCCCACUGCAGUCAACACAGUGGGAGUAAUUUACCUGAAGCUGUUUGGUAACUGCCAGCUCAUGGAUUUCAAUCCAUCUUAAAUGCCUCUUAGAUGCAUUCCAACUUUGUUUGAGAUCCAGUAGCUGUCCAAUCUGCCCAAGACACAUGAAGUGAAGUGUAAAUGGAGUCUGAGAUGAUGACAGUUUGAUGAAAGAAAGUACUAUAUCUGGUUUUCAUCUCUGACUGCUUAAAGCUGAAAGUCAUGUUGGUGUAUGAUGAUGCCCUUAACUCGAGCAGAAUGCCUUUGCCAGACCACAACAAGCAAAGUGAAGGUUUUGAGGCUGGCUCUGCGGGGGCCUCCAUGCCCAUCCCUAUCCCUCCAUAGAUAUUAUGAUCCUGGUUUAUUCUCACAUGUUGACACAUUGGACCAGGGUGGAGAUUGUCUGUGAUGUUUUUUGGUUUCAUGGUUAUGUUUAGUCCCCCCCCAAUGCCAAAUGUAGAGUUUGUGAAGACAUGCAAGUAGCAAGAUGUCUAUGCAAUUUCCCUCCUGCUCCCUCCAAAAGACAAGCUCAAUGUAACAACAACGAGCUAGUCUUGCUUGUGAAAUCAAAUUCGGCCUGGUUUGAAUUCCAGAGGUUCUUUACGUGACCUAGAGACGCUUGCUACUUUGUGUCGGCGAGGGUCAGGACCGCCUCUUCACGGCAGUCAGGGGUACUGGGGAUGUUGUGGAGAAUAAGGAAUCUAUGAGAUGUGCUGUUUUUUUGUAAAGUGCUCAGAAAGUGGUGUGUGUGCCUGUAUAUGUGUGUUGUUUGGAACGUUUGGUGUGUCUACUUGAUGCGAUGCUCUCAUUGUUUGGUGGGUCGAUCGUUAAAGCUGCAUUACAAGAUUUAGACGAGCCCCUAAAUGUAAUCCUUCUGCAAUAUGUGUGUGAAGCUUUGAUUUUUUUCUAUCCUGCGACCAACCUAAUGUAAUGUUUAAGAGUGGGUGGCUGAUGUCCAUCAGUGGGAAGUACAUAGCAUAAGCAAGUUUACUUAACCCAUUACUUCCUCUUUUGAGUUGUGAGGAAAAGAUUUCUCUUGAUUUGCAAUCACAAAUCUUAAAAGAAAAGAAAAGUCUACUUCAGCCCACUGAGAUGAGCAUCUUCAACCUACUGACCCCAAAUUGAACUUGAGCACUUAACUAAAAUGCACUUUGAAUGGCCCAAACCAACCCACGGUAAGCGGAAGAAUCUUUGGUGGUAAUAAUUGUGAUGACAAAAUAAGAAAUAUAAAUUGCGCCCAAGCCAAAUGCCUUUUGCACCAUUUUAUGUUUUUUUUAAAUUAGUUUAACCUGAAAAUAACAGAGUUGCAGCCUUGAGGCAAAACCAGUUAAUGACUAAUUAUAAAGUUUACAACAUUUUUCAUUGAAGUGCAAUAAGUGAACCUUUUGGUGUAUUUCUUGUUUUAGCUAAUCUUUUUUAUAUAUUAGUGAUAAAGUAAUAAUCUCAUGAUUGCUUUUAAAAUGCGCCUACCUGUGAGAGCAUCAGCUUAGACCCACUCCACACACACACACACACACACACACACACAAACACACACACACACACACAAAAACAUGCACACACACAAACACAGACCACUUUUUGUGACUGGGUAAAGGAAGCUAUUGAAGGAUUCUCUCAGGUAAAAGAACAUUUUCUAAUAAAUGAUGAUGAACCUUA